AUGGGCCGAGCAAGAAAGCGCACGAUGGAAAUGAUUCGUUUAGUCAAGGGUCUAUCCCGUAACGGUGGGAUGCGUCGACCAUCGUGGGUUUCUAUGGUUGAUCGUUAUCCACCUCCACCAAUACCACGUCACGAUCGUGAUCAACUUCCAGUCAUUACGUUCCCACAGGAUCGACUGGCUGACCUUUAUAUGAGACAGCGCGAUGGCAUGGUGGAUGGACAGACUGCGUACGAGUUUGCUGAUGAGCAGUUGACACUGAUUGAGAAUGGUAUUCCAGAAGAAGAUGCGUUUGCUAUGCUCAUUGAGAAAUAUGAUCAAGUAGAGAGCCAUCGCUUUCUCGAAAAGUUUUCCAAGAUGCGCGGGAUUGAGUUUGCUGAUCCCGCUGAGUACAAUGACAUUGAGAAAGGAUGGGUUGAAGCUGAAAGUCGUGCGAUUAAGGAAGCUAUGCGUCUGGAGCAUGAAGAAGAAGAAGCGCUUCGAAAAAUGUAG